AUGAAUACAUUACACUGGGCUAGUGGAACAAAAGCUGCCAAUAUUGAUGGUACAAUGGGAGUUUAUGGACAGUUGGAUAAAUCCUAUGGGACGCGACCGUACAGUGGUAUGGUUGGCGCUGGUGGUGGAAGUACUGGUCUAUCUAACCCGGGCAAUUUGUACAGUUAUAGUGGCAGCGUUUUUCCGCAUAAUACUGGAACCACCCCACUAUGCAGUUCAUCACAGGAUACUUGUGCAACACAACAAAGUCGUAGUCAAGCAGAUCCACAUGAACACACAAGACUUUUAUCCUCAGGUACUAGUACAGUGACAAAUUAUAAUCCAGCUAGUUUAUCCCACUUACAGUAUAAUAAUUCGGAAACCAAUCUUGAUACAAACUUGUUAGAUAAUACUAUGAAUCAGGAUAAAAUAUUUCCUGCAGAAGAACAACAGAUAACUCCAUCCCCCUAUUUAUCAGCACCACGAACACACAGUUCUGAAGUAGUCAAUGGUAGUAACACUGAUCUACAACCGCAUCGAAUUCCAACAAAUCUACACAAUACACAAACAGCUUAUACGACAGAGAAUCAAAGAGUAGUUCUAAAUGUAUCUGGACUAAGAUUUGAGACACAAUUCAGUACACUGAAAAAAUUUCCCAACACCCUAUUAGGUAAUCCUAAAAAAUUGGAUAGAUAUUAUGAUUCCUUACGGAAUGAAUACUUUUUUGAUAGAAAUCGACCUAGUUUUGAUGCUAUUCUUUAUUAUUAUCAAAGUGGAGGAAGGCUACGUCGUCCAGUCAAUGUACCUAUUGAUGUGUUUACUGAAGAAAUCAAUUUUUAUGAAAUCGAUGAAGACGCUGUAGAAAAAUAUCGUGAUGAUGAAGGCUUUAUUCGUGAAGAUGUUAAAGUUCUACCAGAGAAUAAAUUCCAGCGGAAAGUAUGGCUGUUAUUUGAAUAUCCUGAAAGUUCUUUAGCUGCACGUUGUGUAGCUAUUUGUUCUGUUUUUGUAAUUAUUCUCUCUAUUAUAAUAUUCUGUGUAGAAACUCUACCGUCUUUCAAACAUUAUAAAUUUGUAAAUUUAUCUGCCCAUGGUGUUCCAGUAUUGCUGUCAAACUUUAAUAUAAGUCAAAAAACAACUACACUUAGACAGAAUUCAUCAUCACAAUUCAUAUCAGCUGAUGAUGCUACAUUUUCACAUAAAAAUAAAGAGGAUUUAAGCCUGGUUAGACAUGAAUGUCGUCAAUAUCAUGAUCCAAUGAAAUGUCUUGAAAUCACUGAAGAUGAUAUUCCAGCAGUUGAAGAUCCAUUUUUUCUUAUCGAAACAAUAUGCAUUGUUUGGUUCACUUUUGAAUUACUCGUUCGAUUCGCUUCUUCACCAGAAAAAAUUGCAUUUUUUAAAAAUAUCAUGAAUUUCAUUGAUAUUGUCGCCAUUAUUCCAUAUUUUAUCACUGUUGGCACUAUGGUUGCGGAUGAGAGUAAAAGUCAAAAUCAAGCAAUGUCACUAGCCAUUCUGAGAGUGAUUCGACUUGUUCGUGUUUUCCGGAUAUUUAAACUGUCAAGACAUUCAAAAGGAUUACAGAUUCUUGGACAGACACUGAAGGCCAGUACACGAGAAUUAGGCUUAUUAGUAUUUUUCUUGCUUAUUUGUGUAAUUCUCUUCUCAUCAGCUGUCUACUUCGCUGAGGUGGACUCAGAUAGGACUUAUUUUCGUAGUAUACCAGAUGCAUUCUGGUGGGCAGUGGUGACUAUGACCACUGUAGGUUAUGGUGAUAUGAGACCAGUUACAAUGGUGGGUAAACUUGUUGGUUCACUAUGUGCCAUAGCUGGUGUAUUGACUAUAGCUCUUCCAGUCCCUGUGAUUGUUUCAAACUUUAAUUACUUUUAUCACCGAGAAACUGAAACUGAAGAUAAACAGACAUUUAUACACGUUCAGUCAUGCACAAGUUAUGCUAAUCUCAGUAUGAGUAGUCUACACUCAGAUAGUAAAUGCAAUAAAGAAACAAAUUCAACUGAUAUAAAGCAAGAGUACAAACUAAACGAACUGCAAAUUACGCAUGAGCAGACUCAGCAUGAAAAUUCUCAAAAACGAAUAAAAUCACUAAUUAAUUGGCCAAAUAUGUAUCAGGAAGAUAACUAUUUGAAUAAAACUAGCAAAAAUACAUCUCCGUCUAAAGGAAGCAUUGAACACGCUAAUGUUUCUGUACCUACAACAACAACUAACUGGCCUGUUGAAAUAAAUCCUUCAUCCCGAAAGAAUUUUUCUUCAAUGGAAGCAACUUAUCCAUUUUUGACUUCAGAAAAAAGUGAUAUUGCUGAUUCAAUGAGAAAUAGUGCAACUAUACACUGUUUCGGUUUAACUCCUUCCAGUAAUAAACCUAACAUCUUCGAGGACAACUCUUUCCAAGAAACUGACGAACAUAUUCCAAUUGUAUCACAACAGGCCGACUCAUGCCUACAAGAAAACACUCAAGUGACGUCCAGUAGUAAAAUAAGUCGUAGCUUAUCUUUACCAUCAUGUAUCUCAGCUAAAAAGAUGAAUCUACGUGAAAAUGCCACUCCAUCUUCAGCUGCUGAACAGCAUACAACUGGUUGUUUUGACUGUUUGCAUGAAACACUACAAGAAUCUGAUGAAAAUCAAACUGUAGAACAAGGAGAUGAGAAAUACUCAACAGUUGUUUAUUAUUUAGAAGAUGACAUUUUCAAAAAUCCAGAAGAUCAGAGUAUUUGUAAAGUUGAUCAUACAAAACCAGAAGUUAGGAAAAGUGAGUUAUCAGAAAAAAUAAUUUGUAAAGAGUCACAAUCAGUCAAAAAAGCAGACAGAUUAUCAACACUCAAUACAACAGAUACCACAAUGUGCAAUAGUCCACAAAUUUCUCUGAUCUCUAGUCCUAAAAGGAUUAAAAUACCAAGCAGUAAUAGCAGUGGUAAUAUUACAAAUAGUAGAAAAUCACAAGUAUUUUAUGACACUAAACAACAGCAUUCAUUUAGUAAGACAAUAGAGACAGAUGUUUAAUAUCUCUUAUAUUGAUUGACUACUUACUAAUCACCAAAAUUAAUGAAAUUCUCCUGCUUACUUUCUACUUCCCUGAUAAAAUGGAUAUGCUUUAAUUAUGUAUAUAUGACUAAAUGAAGAUAAUAUUUCAGAUUUUGUUAUCGUAUUUGCCAUUUGUGAUUUCAUAUUAUUUCUACAUCGAUUUGAUGUCGUCAAAUCAACAAGUAUUCCAAUGGUGAACGUUUAUUCAAUAUUUUCUAGUAAACCCACAAUUUCUUUGAAUGGACAUGACAAACUACUGUUUUCAUUAAAUAGUAGUAAAAUGUUUUAAUCGAAAUAUCUCGGUUCAGUAAUGAAGUAUCUAUCGAUCAUAUUGGAUUACGUACAUAAAAUUUCGAUUAACAUUAAAGAAUUCUGAUUUUAUUAUCUGUUAUAUAUAAUUACAGUGGUAAAGAAGCAAGAUAUAUCAUCCUUGUUAACUAGAACUUACCGAGUGUCCUGAGAUUCUUUCAAAUUCUUUCGAAUAGAAUCUUUUUACUAAGCAGUUAUUUCCUACAAUGGAACAAUUAUCAUUCUUUUAUUAUUAUGAUGAAGAAUUGAGAAAGUGUGAAAAAAGGGUUGUUUCUUAUUCUUCUCACUUUUUCUCCAUUUCACAUUAUUUAUAUAUACAUAUAUUCAUACAUUUGUAUUUUUUUAAACUAUAUUCGAAG